CUCGCGCGAAGGGAAUGCGUGGCGCGCGCGAGGAAGCGAAGGUGUCAAGGGAAGUGGGGCGCGUCUCGCGUCAGGCACCUGUGGCGACGUUCUCUGUGGGAAAAGGGCGCUUUUUCCCUCUCAGCCUUUUUUCUAUGGUGGUCCUUAAGUUUCCACCCAGGAACGUCCGAGCCCUAAAAAAAAGUCUCUUGGAUAGAAUCCCACCGUGUUACUCUCCCCCCCCCACGCCCCCGGUUUGGCUUGCGGAUUAGGGACGGGAGGUAAAGCGACGUAACCGUCAGACAUUUGCCUAAGCAUCCAGUACAGCUGGCCGCGCGCUGGGGUCGUUGCCAGAGGGUUUUUGCUGGCUCUCCGAGGUUUGUUUUCCUGUCAGGCAUAUGAUGAAGUAGGCUGUUGCCUGUGGGCGCUUGGAUAAUAAGGGGGCGGGGGGCGCAUGUCAACAAGGCAGUUUCUCGGUCCGACAGCAAUAGGCAGUAGCUGUCCCAUACGGGGAUCAAACCUGCAACCUUGGGGUUAUCAGCACCACAUUCUAACCAACAGCUGUCUGGAGAUACUGUACAUAAUUCACCAUGCUGAAGCUAAGCAGGUCUGGACCUGGUUAGUGACUGGUUGGGUGACUGGCUGGGAUCUACACUGGUGCCACAUCAUGUUCCAUGGCAGAAGAGAGGCAGGAUAUAAAUGCAGGACAAUAAAUAUCACUAGGAAACUUGGUAUGUAUGCUUCCAAAGUAACUCUUACACUGCAAAUUGAUAUCUGAAGGGAGGCAUCUCAAAUAUUUUUGCUUUGCUAACUUGCAUAGAUAUUCAACUUUCUCCAGUGCUAGGGUGGGGCUGGCAAAGCACAAUCUGAGCUCUGCUUCAGGCAGCAAAAAAACUUUGGCCCACUUAGACCCAGGAGGCACAAUUUCCCACUGACUUUCCAGGUAGAGACUUUAAAUAUAUCAGGCAUACUGAGCCAAUGCAUGACAUUGUAGGCCAAUGUGGCUCCAACUAGUUCCAGAUGGAAUAACCAAUGGUCAGGGGUGAUGGGGAGAGAUCAGGAGAGCACCAUGUUGGCUACCCCUGCUGUAAGAUAUACAAGCACUAGGCCAGGCAUCCCCAAACUGCGGCCUUCCAGAUGUUUUGGCCUACAGCUCCCAUGAUCCCUAGCUAACAGGACCAGUGGUCGGGGAAGAUGGGAAUUGUAGUCCAAAACAUCUGGAGGGCCGAAGUUUGGGGGUGCCUGCACUAGGCCAAGCCUACCAAGGCAAGGAAAAAUAAUAUGGCAUAACAGUGUGUGAUCACUAGCCCAUGAUGCCCAGUGUUGCCUAUUUGAACUUGCAGCAGCUCUCAACGGGGUCUCAGGCUGGGGCUGAGCCGCUACAUGAAAUUCCGAAAGCUGCAUUGACCCUGGAUAGCUCAGCUGGUUGGAGCGUGGUGCUGAUAUUACCAAGCUUGCAGGUUAGGGACAGCUGCAUAUUCCUGCAUUGCCAGGGGUUGGACUAGAUGAUCCUCAGGAUCCCUUCCAACUCUAUGCUUCUAUGAAGAUGGCAGUGGUUGAACCUGGAACCUUCCAUUAGUGAUUCCUGUUUAGCAGCAGCAAUCCAUGCAGAUAAUACAGUCGAAAACAAUAGUACAAAUGUUACCACACCCAUUAUAGCAUCUGUUCCUUUCAUUUAUGCACCAUCACUAGAAAGUUGGCCUUGGAACAUGAGCAGUCUGUUCCAUCAAUCCCAUUUUCACCCCAUGAAUAAAAUGGGUAACUUGAAGGGCUGGUGUUCUGGGCUGCAUCAUCUGUGGGGAUUGAUCCCUGCAUAUUCCUGCUUUGAGAAGGUGAUGAUCCUCAGGGUCCCUUCCAGCUCUAUGAUUCUACGUGCACCUCAAUGUGCAAAGGAAACAUUGCAGCCUUUCCUAAUCUUCUUGAAAAUGGCUGUGGACGACGCUUGUGUGUGAGGCACAGAAGUGUGUCCUGAAUAAAUUUAUGUCAGCUUUUCUUCUGAUAUCUCAGUCUUCAAGGGAGAUACUUUACAAGCAAGCAAAGUAUGCUGAAUAGAGAAGUUAAACCAAUAGCCUCACUUUGAAGCAAUUUAUGUAUACCGCAGAUGGAACAGACAAGACCAGUAGCAGGAAGGCAUCUACUGCACAUGCUAUAGAGAGAAACAAGGGGCAGAUGCGGCUCAUCAAACUGGGAAAGGUAGCCCAUCUAGAAGAAGGAAAAUUCUGAUCCUAAACCCCCACUGCCUAUACUCAUUUGUUAGGAAGGCUUUGGGAAUAAAGUGAGUGUCUAAGUACCAAAGACUAUCCAGGGAGGGCCCAAACAGAUAUAUUAAAUCUGUGACAGAAGGCAUCUAACUUGUCUCUUCUUUUGUUUUAACAAUAGAAGCAUUGGGGUCCACAGAGGAGGGUCAGGGAUAUAGCACAUGGGAAGAGGGCUUUAACCCUUCCCCUACAUUGCAGUCCCCAAUGAAAAAGAAACCUCCAAUCUGCUGUGAGGUGCCAGUGGUGCUGUGGCGCUGUGGUCUCAACCACUGAGCCUCUUGGGCUUGCCAAUCAGAAGGUCAGUGGUUCAAAUCCCUGCAACAAGGUGAGCUCUCGUUGCUCUGUCCCCGCUCCUGCCAACCUAGCAGUUCGAAAGCAUGCCAGUGCAAGAAGAUACAGUAAAUAGGUAUUGCUGCAGCAGUAAAUGGCGUUUUCGGUCGCUCUGGUUUUCGUCACAGUGUUCUGUUGUGCCAGAAGCAGUUUAGUCCUGCUGGUCACAUGAACUAGAAAGCUGUCUCUGGACAAAUGCUGGUUCCCUUGGCCUGAAAGCUAGAUGAGUGACGCAGCCCCAUGGUUGCCUUUGACUGGACUUAACCAUCCAGGGGUCCUUUGCCUCUCUUGAAGCUAACAGCAGCUUCUCGAGGAGAGGGUUUAAUGGAAUCAUGGUUUGGGGUAAAACAUUAACUCCCCCUUGCCACCUGCCAUUCCUCUAUUGUUAAAGGGGGUAAAAUAAACGUGUAAAAUAUACAGUAGUCUUAUAUUCAUUGUCAUAUUUAUUUGCUUUGAACUCUAGCUCAUGGCUGAGGGGAGAUUCAAACAGAGAACUUUUUAAUUUGUAGCUUGGGCUCUUAACCCCUAUAUCAAACCAGACAUGUGGCUUUAGCUUGAUCCACAACUCAGUUCCAGAAACAUGCUUGGAUUCUGAUAAAUAAUGGCUAGUUCCAUAGACGAAAUAUUGGCUAGUUUCCACAUGCCAAAGGGGCUUUCAACUUGAGGUUUUCAACCAAGAGCAUUUGCUGUACUGCUUGAUAAACCUCUUUUGGAACUGAGGUUAGUUUUGAAACCAAUUUGUCACAUGACAGUGGAGACUGCUGUUUAAAAGGAAGUAUGUUAAGAAUCCCACCAAGCAUGCACAAAGCAUAAUUAGAGAAGGUUUUAGAUACAGGUCAUUUUGGGGAAAUUAGGAAGCUGCCUUAUGCCAGAUCAGAUUUUUUUUUGUCCUAUCUAGGCUAGUAUUUCCUACUCUGGCUGGCAGCAGCACAUUACCCAGCAAGCAUCCCAUGAUCCUUUUCUUUUUUAGCUAGAGAUGCCAAGGAUUGAACCUGGUACUUUCUGCAUGCAAAACAUGCACUCUGCCACUGGGCAAUGGGCAUCCCUAUAAAGAUGAAGACCUACUGGGCCAGAUUUAACUAAUAUAUCCUACUAGCAGAAGCAAGUACUUCCACCAGCACAGCAGGGCUCCCCCUAAUCUCUCCAGCUGUUGCAGAGGAUUGAGAGGACCUCCAAAACAGCAUGUGGGGGAAGGAGAGGAGAUCAUUCCAUCAAAUCAAGAACAGCAGACGAAUGUGGAACAGGGUUUUCAGGCCAGUAGGAGCAGCGAGACACAGUCCUGAUUAUUGAAAAUUAAAUAGUGACGACUUGAACUCAAAUGUCCUGAUAUGAACUGCAUCCAUUAUGUGUUCUUUAAAACGGAUUACAUUUAUUUUCACAGCUGCAUGUUGGCUGAUAUUUGUUCUUUCACUCCAACCAGUUAAAGGGGGUCAGUAUGCAUAUAUUAGUCGUUGUGGUGGACAGGAUUGCACAGCUUGUCAAUGUUUUCCUGAGAAAGGUUCAAGAGGUCAACCUGGUCAGAUGGGACCCCAGGGUCCAAUUGGGGCUUUGGGUUUAAUAGGACCCAUUGGUUUGCCAGGAGUAAAAGGUCAGAGGGGUGAUAUUGGUCUGCCUGGGCCAAGUGGACAAAGAGGAAGUAAGGGUCCUACUGGUGUUCCAGGAUUUUCAGGUUUAGACGGUAUACCUGGGUUACCAGGACCUGAUGGACCCAGAGGUAAGCCUGGCUUGGAUGGGUGCAAUGGCUCAAGGGGAGAUCCAGGAUUUCCCGGAGAGGCUGGUCGUAUUGGCCCAAGAGGCUCCUUCGGUAUUCCUGGUCAAAAGGGAGAAAAAGGAAAUUCCAUGUAUGUUUCUCAGUUCGUUAAAGGGCCUCCGGGAGACAGAGGGGAUCCUGGAUCCCGUGGCAUGCCUGGCCCCAGAGGAGAAAGGGGGCCAAGAGGUCCACCUGGAUUUCCAGGCCAACCAGGCAUACAGGGUACUACAGGUCCUCCUGGUUUGCCAGGCGAGCAGGGAAAUCCAGGAAUUGGAGUGGAAGGACAGAAAGGGGAGCCGGGUGAUGUUGGACCUCCUGGGUCUGCAGGGCAGCCUUUAUUAGUUGGACCUCCUGAUUCUCAACUGUUAAAGGGAGAAAAGGGUGUAAAAGGAAUGCCUGGAAAUAUAGGUGCCAAAGGAUUGCGUGGCCGCAAAGGUUCACUUGGAAUUGGAGAGAAGGGUGAAAGGGGGAUUCCUGGCUUUCCUGGAUUGCGGGGGAGUCCAGGUUCUUAUGGAUCGUCAGGAAUUCCAGGAAGCAAGGGUGAAACUGGAAUGGCUGGAUUUCCUGGAGAGGAUGGGCUUCCAGGAAUUAAGGGGGAUCUAGGAGACAAUGGGCUGCCAGGUCCACCAGGACCUCGAGGAACACCACGCCCUGGAAUAAAAGGUCUUCAAGGAGACCCUGGAGAACCUGGACCUCCUGGAAAUGUGGGGGCAGAUGGGUUGACGGGCCCUCCUGGUGCUUAUGGCAGGCAAGGGGAAGAUGGAGCCAGUUUCCCUGGUCCCAAAGGUAUAUUGGGAGUACAAGGGCCUCAGGGCUUUCGAGGUGACCCUGGUCUCCCUGCUGUAGCUGACAUGGCACCAGGAAGGCCUGGCUCUCCAGGGUUGCCGGGUUUUCCAGGAACACCAGGAAAACAGGGCUUGCCUGGACCACCUGGUGUGGCUUGUACUGGGAGAGGGUCUCCUGGACCACCAGGAGCUAAAGGCCAGAAGGGAUCCCCUGGAGAAAGAGGUGCAAAAGGAGAGAAAGGCAAUGCAAGUAGCUGCUUAUGUGGUGCUGGUCCUUGUGGUGCAGCUGGAAUACGAGGUCCGCCAGGUGUCCCUGGAAGAAAAGGAGAAGUAGGGUUACCUGGAAAAUAUGGAAGAAUAGGUGAUCCAGGCUUACCUGGUGCAGUAGGGCCACCAGGUUCCCCCGGAAUACCAGGUCCAUUUGGGUUGACUGGUGAAAAAGGUGAUAAGGGUGACCCAGCUAGAAUAAGAAUAAAAGGGAUAAAAGGACAAAGAGGUCUUCAAGGCGAGCCUGGAUUUCCAGGAAGAAAUGGCAUUGCUGGCAGGAAUGGAGAACUAGGACUGCCUGGUGAAAAGGGUUUUAAGGGGUUUGAUGGAAGAUCUUUGCCAGGUUAUAAAGGAUUUCCUGGUUCCCCUGGACUUCCUGGCUCAAAAGGGCCAAUAGGACCAACGGGUCUUGGAAUUCAGGGUCUGCAAGGUGUCCGGGGUCUGCCUGGAAGUCCAGGAAGCCCAGGUAUUAGAGGACCACCUGGCCCAAAAGGUGAAAAAGGUGCUACUCUUCCUUACACAGCAGCAUACCCUGGGAAUCCAGGUGCACCUGGUUUUAAAGGUAUAUCAGGCCCGAAAGGAUUGAGAGGGCAGCCUGGGCGAGCUGGUCCCAAUGGUUUUGAUGGCUUCAAAGGCCAACAGGGCAAACCAGGAAUACCAGGGAAUCCUGGUCCAGAAGGUUUCAGGGGUGAGACUGGUGAUCAAGGUGCACAAGGUGAAAGUGGUCCAAGGCUGGAUGGUGCUCCAGGGUUGCCAGGUCCUCCUGGCCUUGAAGGUCCAAAAGGCAUUUUAGGUGACAACAGUUAUGGUCCUCCAGGAAUUCCAGGCAACAGAGGUCUUCCCGGUUUACCAGGCCUGCAAGGCUUAAGAGGUGAACCAGGUUUUGCUGGGCUUCAAGGACAGCCUGGCAUCCCAGGAUUUCCAGGAGCUAAAGGUCUCAGAGGUAGAAAAGGUGACAUAGGAGUCACAGGAGGCCCUGGGUCACCUGGUCUGCCAUGUGACAAAGGCUUGCAGGGGCUGCCAGGACCCCCAGGCUCUUUUGGACCACCAGGCUUUCCAGGUUUACAAGGCUUCAAGGGUCCUAAAGGUGAUAUGGGUGCACCAGGCCCAGCUGGAAUGAAAGGCAUGCCUGGGUUUCCUGGAGUACAAGGGCCACCUGGCCUCCCAGGCUUAAGAGGAAAACCAGGUCUUCCAGGGGAAAAUGGAUUGCCAGGCCGCCCAGGGCAAAAAGGGAGCCAAGGGUCCCAAGGCAUGCAGGGUUUCCCAGGACUCCCAGGAAGUGAAGGACAAAUGGGAGCACCUGGUGUGAAAGGUGAAGAAGGACAAGCAGGUCCGCGUGGCCCUCCAGGAGAAUGUGGGUCUAUGGGAUUAAAAGGUGAAAGAGGACCUCCAGGAGAGGAUGGCUGCGUUUUCAUAUUGAAAGAGAAAGGACAAAAAGGGGAGCCAGGCCUUCCUGGUGAUAAAGGCAUCCCAGGAACACAGGGUGAUAAAGGCAACACUGGAUUCAGAGGAAUCCCAGGAUCACCAGGCAGAAGUGCACUUCCAGGUACUCGAAAAGGCGAACCUGGCGAUGCUGGACAGGCUGGUUUUCAAGGGCCUCCCGGUCUCCCAGGACCCGCAGGACUGAGAGGAAUCACUGGCUUUCAAGGACCACAAGGUGACCAGGGUGAACAGGGAUUGCCAGGGAUUCCAGGAAGUUCAGGACUUGAUGGUGCAAAAGGAUCUAAAGGUAACAGAGGUGACCCAGCUGCCUCUUAUGGUCAGCCUGGUAAGAAAGGUCCUGCAGGAGAUCGAGGAUUGCCAGGACUUGAUGGAUUACCAGGGGACCAAGGAAUCACAGGUGUCCAAGGGAGACCAGGAAGACAGGGACCCAAAGGACUAACUGGAUACUCAGGAACACCUGGCUUCCCAGGUAUCCAAGGAGCUGCAGGCGUUCCAGGAGCACCAGGUGAACAAGGUAAUCCUGGUUUUUUGGGAGCUCCAGGUUUUCAAGGAUUACCUGGCAGUCCUGGGAGAAAAGGCCUUUCGGGACCGCCUGGAUUAAAUGGCCUGAAUGGACUACAGGGUCAAAAGGGUUUGCCAGGAUCUCCAGGUUUAAGUGAAAUGGGGCCUGCAGGAUGCAUAGGAGAACCUGGGCCAAAAGGCAACAGAGGAGAACCUGGGCUACCAGGAAUUUCCCGUCCAGGUCCCCCUGGAGAUGCAGGACUAUUAGGUCCUCCUGGCAAGCCAGGUCCUUCUGGGCCUGCCGGUCCUAUGGGACAGCCUUCUGUAAAUAUACUUCCUGGGCUUCCAGGUGACCAAGGCCCUGCUGGAUUAGAUGGUGUUAGAGGUCUCCCUGGCAAACCUGGUCCUCCAGGGAAGACUAUUCUCAUUAAAGGAGACCCAGGUGACUGUGGGGCUUUGGGGGCACCUGGGGUUCCUGGUCCUCCUGGCAAACCUGGACCUAAAGGUAUCACGGGAAAUCAAGGAAGAGAAGGCUCAAAAGGUCCAACAGGAAACCCUGGCCCACAGGGACCUCCUGGUGCCCCUGGAGAGCCUGGAGAUCAAGGUUUGCGAGGAUCAACUGGUCCUUUGGGUCCCAAAGGUGACCCAGGAGAACCUGGAAGUGUUGAUUAUUCCUCAUGUCCCAAGAUUCCAGGGCCUCCUGGUGUAUUGGGCCCAAGAGGAUCACCAGGUGUCGUAGGAUUAAGAGGGCCAGGAGGCUUCCCUGGUCCCCCAGGAGAGAAAGGAGAAGAAGGAUUAUUGGGUCAACAGGGUCCAGAUGGCUUGCCUGGGCCACCAGGACCCCCUGGUGAUGAAGGUAACAUAGGAGAAAAAGGAUACACAGGAUUACAAGGUUUUCCAGGUGAAAUUGGAAUGCCUGGUCCACCAGGGCCUAACACAAGAGCUGCCGGUGGGUUCCUGAUUGUUGUUCAUAGUCAAUCAGAUCAAGUGCCACUGUGCCCAGAGGGAAUGCCAAGGUUGUGGACUGGAUAUAGCCUGCUGUAUCUUGAAGGGCAGGAGAAGGCUCAUAAUCAAGAUCUUGGUCUUGCUGGAUCUUGUCUCCCUGUGUUCAGCACCAUGCCCUUUGCCUAUUGCAAUGUCAAUCAGGUCUGCUACUAUGCAAGUCGAAAUGAUAAAUCUUACUGGCUGUCAAGCGCAGCCCCUUUGCCCAUGAUGCCCCUCUCUGAAGAAGAAAUACAACCUUACAUUAGCAGAUGUGCUGUCUGUGAAGCUCCCGCCCAAGCUGUUGCAAUUCAUAGUCAAGAUCAAUCCAUUCCUCCCUGUCCAUCAAACUGGGGAAGCCUAUGGAUAGGCUACUCAUUUUUAAUGCACACUGGAUCUGGUGACCAGGGAGGUGGACAGUCUCUCAUGUCAACUGGAAGCUGCCUUGAGGACUUCAGAUCAGCACCCUUCAUUGAAUGCCAGGGUCAGCGAGGGACAUGCCAAUUUUUUACCAAUGAAUACAGCUUCUGGUUAAGUACUGUAAACCCAGAGAUGCAGUUUACUUCAGUCCCUCAUUCAGAGACUCUCAAAGAUGAGCAAGAACAACGCCGCAAUGUAGGUAGAUGCCAGGUCUGCAUGAAACAUGGCUAAAAGAAACCUAAUCAGUCAAACCAUGGAACUGUAGUUCUUCCUCAAGUCCCAUCGCCUGUGCAGCGACACUUUUAAGACGCAUUGUGGCUGUGUUAGCUAGAAAUGUAUGUAAAGCUUAAUGUUUUUUAUGAGCCCCAAAGCAUAAGCCAACUUGCAAAGGCCAGCAGGAUGGGAGGGCCAGCCAGUGUGGGGUAAUGGUUAAGUGUGCUGGACAAGGACCUAGGAGAACAGGGUUCAAAUCCAUACUCAGCCAUGAACCUCACUUGGUGAUCUUAGGCCAGUCACUGUCUCUCAGCCUAUCCUACCUCACAGAGCAUUGUGAGGAUAAAAGGGGAAGGGGAAGAACCACAUGCACCCGCUACAACUCACUGGAGGAAAAGGGGUGUGUGUGUGUAAAUGUAGGAAAACAUAAAUAAAUAAAAAACAAACCAUCUCCUGAGUUCUUUUUUGCUGCCAUAGGGAAUAGAUCAUCUAUCACCCUCACCCAUCUUUUUUCCUGGAGCUUUUUACCCUUUAUUUCCCUCUUGUCUCCUUAAACUGCAAGCCUGCAGGCAAGUCCAGUCUUAUGUUUUUAAUAUUGUUUAUACAACACCUCGAUGACUGAGACACUUUAUUGGUAGUAAACUAUUUUUAUUAGGUCUGACCUAGCAGAUUCACGGAUGCAAUUCAUGUAAGCAUGAAAAGCACGCCAGCACGCUUAAGCAAAUUUCUGCCAGGAGGUUGUGACCCUGCCACAAAUAGAGCCAAGUACCAUACUUUUCCAUGUAUAAGACUAUAUUUUUUUCCUAAAUUUUUGAAGUUUAAAAUAAGGGGUCGUCUUAUACACUGAUAGUGCAUGGUGCAUUUUCUUAAUUUUGGGUGAAAAAAAUAUUAGGGGGUGUCUUAUACACAGGAAAAUAUGGUCCUUUCCCCGUGUGGUUGCAUCCUCGGGGAUCACCAUUUGAAUGCUUAUAAAUCAGAGCAAAGAAUGAGAAUACAUAUGAAACAUUUUCUCAUAUGGUGUCAUCUCCAUUUUUACAUGUCAUGUGCGCAUCAUUUACACUUGAGGAGUCUAAUUAAAUUAUACUAACCCUACAGACAAGUCACACUUUUAGACAUCUUUGUAACACAGAGCUGGUCUGUCAACGGGCCUGAUACCUGAAGCCAGCUCCUUGUAGAGCACGUCCUUGGGGAUCCUGCCAUCUUCUAUUCUGUGGACAUGACCAAAAUAGUGUAGGUGUCGCUUAAACAGGAGUGUGACCCUGCUGGGAAUGUGGGCUUGGAAGAGCACAUUGGUGAAGGCAAGAAGGGCUAACAUGGCUUAAAACCAAGCAUUUUGGCCUGGACUGAUAAGUCAACAGGUUCUAAGCAACCACUGCUAUGAUUUUUAUAGCACUAUCCUAUGCAAGGCUAUUCAGAAGUAAGUUCUUCUAAGUUCAACAGGACUUAUUCUUAGGUAGAUGUACAUAGGAAAUAACUCAUAAUGCAGUUACUUCUUGUAAUGUAGAAUACUAUCAUAAUCAAGCUGCAUCGAGAACAGAUUUCCCUAUUCCCCCUCAAGUUCCAACUGGGAAGCAAGGUAAAGUGGACAUUUACUGAACACUGUGCAGUCCUUGGUGACAAGAGGCAACUGACUUACCAGUGCCUACUUUGUUGUUCUGAUUUCCCACCCUUGGAGGAAACUAUCUAAAGAACCCUCCUGUUAAGGUAGCUAAUGAAUGGGUGGACAGCAGCCCUUUGGAGAAGAGCUUGUUUAACUGGGUUUUUCUAUUACUAUACACAGGCAGGUCACUGAGAAGCCAGUCUGAGGAUCUUUGUGUUUUCAUUUAUUUUGAGUUAUUUAUAUCAUUUUAUAUUUUGUCUGCUGCACAGUUAUUACAGCCAUUCAUCAACAGCAAAAUUCCCCUCAAUAAGCUGUUUGGCAAGAAAGGAUGAGCAAUAGGGGGAAUAGAAUACAGCCUCUAAUCCCCUGUGAACAGUGCUGAAAAUCUGACCUAAACUACAAUAUGAUCUUCAAGUCACCAGAUCUACCACACAAUGGGCAUAGUUGGUCUUUGGCCUGAUAUUCAUUGAUUCCCUUUCUGACAAGAAAAAUAAAACAAAGGUGCUAAAAAUAGCUUUCAUGCAUGAAAAACAUUAAAAUGCAGACAACAGGAAAAAUCCCACCUUGCCUGCUUGGAAUAUUAAUUCAACCAACAGGCUAGGUCAGGGGUUCCCAACAAAAUUUUCUCGAGGACCCCUCAUCGAGCCGCUAUUGUGACGAGGACCCCCAUUAAUUCCUAAUCCUAAAAUUAAAAAGUGAGAGCCAAAUUAAGAGUCUUUUUAUAAGAGUCAAGGGAGGAGGGAGGGGAAUGGAGAAGACAGGGUACCUGCGCAGUAGCGCACAAAUGAAGCCAACGCGCGCAAAGCAUCUUGGGGAGGUGAGCGUUAGUAGAAUGCGCACGCUGCCUCUUUGCAAAACAGUAGUGUUUGUAAAGCACCACCUAACGGCAUACAGCAGAACUACUGCCUCAUCUAAUUCUAGUUUUGCGCUAGACU